CACUCUCCCCUGGCAGAACCAGAUUCGGAGACGCUCGGCUUUCUCCGGCCCCGGGGCAGAUAGGGUCCGGCGUUCCGGUGCCGAGGCACCCGGCGGGGUUCGGCCUUGUACAGGGUCCGGAAGUGCGUGGGCUUUCCUGUGGGGUUUGCUGGGAACAUCGAGGUGACCGAUGUAGCCUGAGCCCCCGGAUUCCUGUGACUUCCUUCUAGGGUUCCCCAGGGUGAGAACAGGAGGAUGUCACUGAAGUCCACUGCCUCUUGGAUAACACCAUCUUCUACUUUAGCCACUGCUCCAGAUAAUUAUUCCUACCUCUCCAUGUCUUACUUCACCUCGCAGGAGAUGAAGUGUGUUCUGCACUGGUUUGCUAGCUGGUCAGAUCCCCAGCGAGAGCGUUUCCUUCAGGACUUGGUAGCCAAGGCAGUGCCAGGCAAAUUACAGUCCCUUUUAGAGGGACUGGAACAGCUUAGUGUGUCUGGAAUGGAUCGACCACCCCACAUCUUUGACUGCCAGCUUCGGCUCUGGGAUCAGUGGUUCCGAAGUUGGGCUGAAGAGGAGCGCAACGAAUUUGUCAGACAACUGGAAGCCAGUGAGCCAGACUUUGUAGCAAAGUUCUAUCAAGCAGUAGCUGCUACAGCUGGUAAGGACUGA